GACUCUCUGCGCCGGAGAUUUGAGUAGUCAGUCGUCGCUUGUUGAUCGUCAAAGGCCAGUAGUCCCCGGACAGUAGUGAGCGUUUCUUGCCAAAGUCAAGGAGUUGUCACCCACCUGCAUUCCUCGUUGUUGCUGAUUCUCUUCCAGGAGAACACGUGUUAAAAGUUCCGUUUGGGUGUAAGCAAAUAUAAAUAAUCAUGUCGGACGAUAACACGACAGCCGUCGAAGACCAGAAGAAGAAAAGGGGAAGACAACCCAAGGCAGAAAACAACAAAGCAGUCAAAGAACCCAAAAAGAGGGGUAGGACCGCAGCAGAAAAGACAAAGAGUAACAAGUCCGACAAUGAGGAGGAAGCACCCGCGGUGCCCGCAAAGAGGGGGCGUGGAAGGCCCAAGGGAAGCCACAAGAAGACUGCAGCGACGAAAACUUCUUCAGGACGUGGUCGUGGUCGACCCAAGAAGGUAGAAGAGAAACCCGAGAGUACUGGCGAGGAAGACGAGCAGGAAGAAGAAGAAGAGGAAGAGGAGAACUGAACAAGAUAAGCCUGAUCAAUCUGGAUGAUUUAUAAAACAAGAAUUUAUGAAAUCAUGAAUACGCCCUUCCUCUAUUCUCUAUCGAUGCUGUCAAUAAUGACAAAUCACACCUGUCUAUAAUUACUAUUAUUAGAUUAUAUUAUUUUUUAAUCAUUAAUUUUCACUACAACAUUCAGCCUGAAUAUGAAAUAAAUUUUCGGGGUUUUUUUUUAAUUAGGCCCUUCUCUGCCCCUUUUCAUAGUUAUAUACAUUUUUAUAGGCAACUCUGUUUUUUAAUUGUAAUUUAGAAAUGAUGAUGGAAAGUCGUUAAAAAUGAAAAGAGCGCCAAUAAAUAAAUACAUCAUCAAAAGUAUUAUGAUACAUUUUGUCGUAUAAGCGUCGAAUUUUUUAACAGCUAAUAGAAGAAAUCGCGUCUGAUUAAUUGUGUGUUGUAGUAUAAACGAUGUGUAUUUGUAAGAAACAGUUUUAAUUGUAGUCGUGUAAUUUUCACUGAUCAGAAAGGGUUUAAACUUAGUGAUUAAUAUAUGUCGAACCUGGAAGUCCCAAUUAAAUUUCAAUUAUUAAAAUACAAGAGUCCUAUUUGAUACUUUCUUUUUUCCACCUGUGCUGCAUUGUUCAUCGUGUCCCAUCUCUUGUAAUAAUUGAUUCUUGCGCUAAUUCAAUUAGUACGUGUUUUGAUGAAUUGAAAGUUCAUGAAAAGGUUUGUUGAUGCUUUGUGUACAUCACGGGUGCAAAAAAGUACUUUUUUAUUGAUAAUUAAAAAUUAAAAUUAAAAAAGUCUUGUUUCUAUGCAAAUGUUUUUCGAAUGAGUGUCAAAUUUGUAUUAAAGUAAAAUAAAUCAACAAAAAUA